AUCUCAUCCAAAAUCUAAUCUUCCGAAUUAAACAUCCCCCAAAUCACCUCUCUGAUUCAUUCAUCUAUAUAUAACAGCAAAUCGUUCCCAAUCCUCUCACAAACCAAUCCCAAAAGCCAUAUUCUUCUUGUAUCAAUUGAUUCAGAUCUUCUUCGUGUAUUAACAAUGGCAUAUAGCGAGUGUGAAAACUUCCAUGUUUUGGCCGUCGACGACAGCAUCGUCGACCGGAAACUGAUCGAGAGGAUCCUGAAGGCCUGCUCCGGCGACAAUGUGAAGGUGACGGUGGUGGAUUCCGGGGCCAAGGCUCUGCGGGUGUUGAAUGAGGUGGGAGCGGAUCUGAUAAUCUCCGACUACAGUAUGCCGGGAAUGACCGGCUACGAUCUGUUGAGGGAGAUCAAGGGAUGCUCUGCUUUGAAGCACAUCCCCGUCGUCAUUGUGUCGUCGGAGGAUAUUCCUGCCCGGAUUAACACCUGCCUGUCGGAAGGCGCCGAGGAGUACUGCCUGAAACCCGUCCGGCUGUCGGACGUCAGACCGCAUCUGCAGAACGCCUGUAAAGGAAGAGCGGCUACCGGAUUGGCUUCUAGGUCUUGUGGGAUCUUUUGAAUCAUUCCAAUCAGGGAUUCUUGCCGGUGUUGUUGUGAUUUAGAACAAUUUUGCUGUGUCCAUUUCGGAUUUGUGAAGAUAUUUUAAAUCUUAGAUACUGUGAUGUAUUUAAUUUUUUAUACUAGUAGCUUUUAGAUGAUUUGAUUAAGAUAUUUGUAGUGAAUUCGUGAUUCAAUUAGAUACUUUCAAAACUCAAUUCCUAUGAAACUUUGUGUUUGUAUAAUUUAAGUGAAGCGCUUUGGUUGC